AUGCUCGGAUUGUGCCUUUACGUGCCCGUUCACAACUCAGACCCGAUUGAAGUCGAGUAUUUCGAGUCCAACGGCCUGCCGUCGGAGCUGAAGUCUCUCUUCAAGCUGAGCGUGUUCCUCCCGUCCCAGGAGUUCUCUACCUACCAGAAAUGGCGCAAGAAAAUUCUGAAAAGGGAGGAGAAGACCCCAGAUGGUCAACUGGACUUCGAGGAAUUUGUUCACUAUUUGCAAGAUUAUGAGAAAGAUCUGAAACUUGUAGUCAAGAGCCUUGAGAGGAAGAAUGCAGGCCGCAUUGAUGCUAAGGAGUUGAUGCAGUCUCUUCGGGACCUGGGUGUCCACAUUUCCCAGCAGCAUGCAGAGAAAGUCCUCAAGAGCAUGGAUAAGAAUGGAACAAUGACUAUCAGCUGGAACGAAUGGAGCAACUACCCCAUGGUGGACGAGACGGAGAACAUUCCUGAGAUCAUCCUGUACUGGAAACACUCCACGAUCUUUGAUGUGGGUGAGAACCUGAUGGUUCCUGAUGAGUUCACCACCGAAGAGAAGCUGACUGGCAUGUGGUGGAGGCAUCUGGUAGCAGGCGGAGGUGCUGGAGCCGUUUCCAGGACCUGCACGGCCCCUCUGGACCGACUCAAAGUCAUGAUGCAGGUUCAUGGUAGCCGGAGCAACAACAUGUGCAUCAUGAGCGGACUGACACAAAUGAUCAGAGAGGGCGGCCCGAAGUCACUGUGGCGAGGAAACGGAGUUAAUAUCAUCAAAAUUGCUCCCGAGUCGGCCCUCAAGUUCAUGGCUUAUGAGCAGAUCAAGCGUCUGAUCGGCAGCGAUAAGGAGACACUGAGCAUCCUGGAGCGGUUUGUCGCCGGCUCUAUGGCGGGAGUGAUCGCCCAGAGCACCAUCUACCCCAUGGAGGUCCUGAAAACGCGUCUUGCUUUGAGAAAGACGGGCCAGUACUCUGGUAUCUCAGACUGUGCGAAGCAGAUUUUCAGGAGGGAAGGAGUUGCGGCGUUUUACAAAGGCUACGUCCCCAACAUGCUGGGCAUCAUCCCGUAUGCCGGCAUCGACCUGGCAGUGUACGAGACACUGAAGAACAGCUGGCUGCAGCAGUACGGCACCAACAGCACCGACCCCGGCGUGUUUGUGCUGCUGGCCUGCGGCACUGUGUCCAGCACCUGCGGUCAGCUGGCCAGCUACCCCCUGGCCCUGGUUCGCACCCGCAUGCAGGCACAAGCCACAGUGGAAGGCGCCCAGCAAGUCACCAUGACAGGGCUGUUCAAGCAGAUCCUGCAGACCGAGGGCCCGACGGGGCUCUACAGGGGCCUGGCACCCAACUUCCUGAAGGUCAUUCCUGCCGUCAGCAUUAGCUACGUGGUGUACGAACACCUGAAGUCAUCGCUGGGGGUGACCUCACGAUGAAGACACUGUUGCUGCCCGUGUGGGUUUGACUUUUUCGAAGGUUGAAACGUGACUCCUAGUGCUCCCGACCCCUGUACAUCGCCCACCCCCACCCCAGGGCGCAGGCUGGAGAAUCCCAGGGACCCCCUGUGGGCCUCAGGAGGUUCGUUAGAGCCAUCUCAUUCUGUGAAUGUCAGCUGACGACACAUGAGAAGGGACACUAAACAUGAAAGGCCGAGGUGGAGAAUAUCGACUCUGUGAGCUCAAGUUGAGGGAAAAAAGGGUGUUCUGUCUGUACCGCAAUUGCUGCUAUUUAUGUUUUUAAAGAAAUGUCUGAGAGUUUAAAAAAAAAGAGCUAAGAAACAGGAGGAAUGUGAGUGACUGCUAAGUUGAGGACCAAAGGUUGUUUUGCCCCUUCCUGCCAUUUUGUGUUUUAGUGCCUGAAGCAAAUAUUGUUUGUUCUUCACGUUGGCGUCACCUUGUGAAGCUUGAUGAGUCGGCGUCAGUCAAACAUGCACCAGUGCCCUUUAAUUAGCUACUAAACAACUCAGUACUUUCUUUUAUGUGGCAAGUCUGCUGGCCACAAAGAAUUGUCCUUAAAUGACAAAAGGUUUGCACAAAUUAACGAUCACUCUCCACCCCGUCCUGAAUGAACGAUGGUUCAUUAUCUGAAUGACUGCCUGCAGUAUUUAUUAUCCUGUAUUUAUUAUUUUAUUGUCUAGAUCUGUGUCACACAGCUGUCAUGCACCUUGCGGCGGAGCCAAGUGUGUGAGAGUGCACCUGUGUUAAUGUGUGUCAUUGCGUUCAGGAUGGGUAACUUAACACCAGUUCGAUCCUGCUGAAUAUUUAUUUGGCUGCGGCUGGUCAGUCUGACCCAGCCGGCAAUUAGAGAUCCAGUUGUGUUCUUUAAAUGUUGCUGGCUGGUGCGUUUUGGAUCCAUGAGUCCCUGGGGCUCUUACUCAUAUUGUUGAAGCUACUUAAAAUAAUACCUAGAUAUAUUUUUCAAAACCAGCUCUAGAUCAUGUCUGAACUAAUGCAAGUAGGUGCUUUUGCCCACAAAGUGUCUAAAAUAUCGAUCUCAGGUUGUAAGGGCAAAUCUUAGUUGUUAAUUCACACAUGGUGUUUUUUGUUUUUUGUUUUUCUUUUUGGUGAACAUGUACUUAAACUUAAAGAAACAAAAUAUAAGCAUUAUUAUGCACUUUAAUCACUGGAAAGGCCUGUGAAUGUCUGAUAUCAACAGAGGUGUGAUGAGGAUUUAAUUCUUUUGUAAAGAAUGAUUUUAGUUUGUUUUUAAUGGACCAUAUUGAUGCAAAUAAAUGCAAAUUCUUGUAGAA